AGCAGCAGAAGCUGCAGAAUUGCGGUUCUGCUGAUUUCGAGCUCGUGCGGCUGCUCGAUGGGAAUCCGAGUCUUACACCAGAGCGGCGGUGCAUGGACCGGAAGGAAGAAUGUGAAUUUGUAGCCCACAUUCUUCUCAUAAUCACAAUUUCUCAGGCUCGGUUCCCGUCUUUCGUCCAUUUGGGUCGUCGUCAUCGCAAUAUUUUGCCAUCCCCUCCCAUCCCCUGCACACACGCUCGUCGCCGAUGUUUUCAAUUUCUCGGUGAAAUUUGCGCCGCUUCACCGAACGGAUCAUUGCAUUCGCAGCUUCGACGGUUCGGAGUGCCCGAGCAACAUUCCUUCCAGUUGUGGAGUUCAUGUAGAAGUGAUCUAACUUCUUCCCGUGUCCGCCGUGAUACGUAGUCGCAUUUUCAGUUCUUCAAUUCGCCUGCGACCGAACGAAUGCUUCGUCCAUAUCGGGAACCUCAGGCGUUCCCUGCAACCUUUCGUUCCAGGCGUUCAAUGUGAAAACUGCGAACAACAUUUUACGAGGGAAACGGGGCUGGCAUUUGGAGCUCGGGUUUAAUUCUCCGACUCGUGGAGCGAAUGGCUGCAGAGCUCAGAAAGUGGAGCCCUAGUGGAGGUCCAUUCUGGGAAGGUCACGAGAUCCCGAGGAAGAGAAUCGGGUUUCAGCUUUUCGAACGCCGGCUGGUCAAUUCUGUCUUUACUCUCUACUCUUGCACCUUCUGACAUCCGACUGGCUCCUCGAGAGACGACUCUGAAGUGGGAGUCAAGCGUUGAGGUUGUCGAUCCUCGAGGUUCUUGUCUGCUCGCCAGCAUUCUCGGAAAUCGCGCAUCCGCCGCCGCAGAUGUUAGCUCUGCUUUUGACACCCAGCGUAAUCGGGAGAGUCGGGAGGAUUCUGCAACCGAGAAGUUUUCACGCCCGAGGCCAGGUUGCCAACCUCAUACACUCUGGACCGCUCGGCGUCGAGCAGAAGAGUUCGAACGAGGAUGUUUUUGUGCCUUGCUGCUUCAGGCCGACCAUAAGGGUUCGCAAAGUUCGACUCGUGCACAGAUUCCAUCCAGUGGAGAAAAUGGUGAAAUCACGAGCUUUGCAGGCAGAGGUUAAACGUGAAUCAGGAAUGAAAUCUGAUCUCCAGCUGGAGUCGACGAGUGCACUUCUGCAGCCGCGGAAGCCACGAGGUAAUAAAGUGAAGCCAGAACCUGUAAUUUUAUUUGUGAAGCGGGAGCCUGAAGGACAGUCUCCUCAUGUCGAGACGCGUCCGCAAACGAGGAGUUUUAGGAAUAGAGUCAAGACGGAACCAGCAGAAUUUUCAGUGAAGCAGGAGGCGCAGGUGGUCCAGGAAAGCGAGACUCGUCCAUCGAGAAGGAAGACAUCAGUGAAGGUAGAACGUAAAUCGGAAGCAGAGGAACUGGCUCAUCUCGUCAAAAAUGAGUUUACAGGCAGAGAGAAAUUGCGCAGGAGGAAGCUAGAUCAGGUUACAGAAAGAGGAUGCUCUGAAUCGAACUCGAAGAAAAGCAAGAAAGCCGUGGAUUUGGACGCUUCAGUAACUGAUGUGGCCACUGCUCUUGUUCUCGUGGAUGCCACAAAUGUCACUCCUGCCAGCGAAGCAUCUCUUGUGUCGCUGAAUUUGUCGCUUCCUUACAGAGGCCCGUACCCUUCUCACACGAGUCCUCAUCCUGAAGAAUGUGAAGCAGUGAGAGACUUACUGGCCAACCUCCACGGUGAGCUGCCCGAGUAUGAAAGGCAUAGAAUAUCGUGUCCGACCAUAGAAACGUCCUGUUUACAAAUACAAGAAGCUGCUGGAAGUGAUAGCCGUCCUUCCGUCGGUGCGGCAGAAGCCCCGGCUCCGAACGCAGCAGACCUCGUGGCGGUCGAACGAACUCCAGAAGAAGCUGUGGUGGUUCCGACCGGGCAUCCGAGGGAACGACGGACCGUCAUAGACUCUCUGGUGGGCACGCUUUUGUCACAGAACACGACGGACAACAAUUCUCGGAAGGCGUUUGCCAGCUUGAAAAGAAAGUUUCCAAGUUGGCACGAAGUUCUCGAGGCAGAUCCGAAAGAUGUUCAGGAGAGCAUACGCUGUGGCGGCUUGGCCGAAAUCAAAGCAGGACGUAUACUGAAUAUUUUAAAGACCUUGUUCGAGGAACGUGGAAAACUGUGCAUGGAAUACCUGCGAACGAUGUCAAACGAAGAAAUCAAGAACGAGCUGUCCCGAUUCAAGGGUGUUGGCCCGAAGACGGUUGCUUGCGUCCUCAUGUUCCAUCUGCAGCGAAAUGAGUUUCCUGUGGACACCCAUGUGUUCCGCAUCUCCAAGGCGCUGGGUUGGGUUCCUGCAUCUGCAGACAGAGAGAAAACUUAUCUUCACUUGAACGAGCGAAUCCCCGAUCAUUUGAAGUUUGAUCUUCACUGUCUGUUCGUGACGCAUGGGAAGAAGUGCCCUCAUUGUGCCAAACGUCAGACAAAGAAACCGAAGGACGUAGAAUGUCCGCUUGCCAACUGGAGGUCCAAAGUUUCCAAGCUCCGGUUCAGAUCAUCGCCCUUACUUACGAACGGUUCUGAGUAGUCGUGAGCGAUCUCGCAUGAGAUGUUCUCAAGACUUUCAUAGUAAAAUUUGAAAAUUAAUGAAAGCACUAAAUUUUGAUUCAGCGUUUAUGCGACGUUGAUCUCACACCAUAUUUUC